CACCAACACCCACCCCUCACACCCACACCCACCCCCCCAACCCACACCCAACACCCACACCCACACCCACACCCACACCCACACCCCACACCCACACUCACACCCACACCCAUACCCAACUUCAUUAAUACAAUUACUGAAAUAACAUUUAUUAAUUUAUGCAAUUUAGAGAGAUUGAUAAGACACCUGCAUCGACUAGUAGAAGUUCAAAAAAUCAUCUAGCAUCAAAUCAAAAGUGAGUUUGUUAUUAUACUUGUGAUUUGUAUAAUUCACAAAUAGUUCUUAUCAAUUCUGAACAUCUAUUCUACAUUUUUGUAUCGAACUAAUGCAUAACGUCGUUCUGAAUAUGCGCCGUAUCGAGCAUUACAGUUACAUAUGCUUUUCCAUUAGUUUAUCGUUAGAACAAAAAAUUUAUUUGCUUGUGAGAUAGAAUCUUGUUCAGUUUACUAUGAUUAUAUUAGGAGUAAGCAUUAUAAAUUAAAAAUGACAUCUGUGGUUAAACAAACUGUUUGAAUACACUAGAGAAACGAAAGUAUGACAGUUCAUAUUAUAAUCUGACCCUAAAAGUGUGUGAGAAAAGAAACUGUAUGAGACUGAAAGAGAAAAUCUAUCGAAGGAGCAUAAGAAAACAGUUCUACUUAUUAAUCAUAUUAAAGCAUUUACAAUUUUUAAGUAUUAUUUUCAAUAGAAAAAUUCAUGAGAAAUACUUAACAAAGUAUUGAAAUUUAAUUAUUUCUAUUUUUAGUUCUAAUAUCUUGUCUCAAACAACGUCAAAUACAAAAGUACCAUAUAUAUCUCAAAGGUAACAUCCUGAUAAUAUAUUUCUAUAUAUAUCUUACUUUAAAUGCUUUAGUACAAUUACAUUGGGAACGUCGACAACAACCAAUAAACAUAUGGAUUAUAACUCGAAUCAGUGUAGCAACAAUGAAACCUCGUACAUCAUUUUGGAACGAAUUAUCAAUUUUCAUGCAGUCUCAUGGUGAUUCAUAUCAAGGAGAUGGUCGUGCUAUUCAUGAAAUAGGACGCGAACUUGGUUUAACUGACCAUAUGAUUCAAUAUGUGCAACGUGAUACCGACAAGUCCGAUAAAGUUGCUAUGAAAAUAUGGAGAAAUUUAUGUCCAACAAUUGAAGAUAAAGUAUUUGUGGGAUCAAUAAAGAGAGUUCCAACAUCUACACUUGAUAAUAUAUACGGUGAAUUCUUUUUAGUUUAUUAA